AUGGCUCGGAGUGAAUCCCCUGUCAUUGUCCCCCAGCAGACAAAGCUUCCCUUGAUCAAGGUGGAAAUUGCGGUCCUCAAGACCCACCUCGAGGACUGGAGGACUGUGAAAGGUAAACAGAGACAGAAUGUAUUGAAUGCCAUCCACAGGGAAGCUUGCCUCCAAGCUCCCACUCGUGACAAAGCCAUGCUCAAAAGCCAGAAAAAGACCUACAAGGAAUGGCUCUACAACCAGUGUCGCCGGAAGGCUCCAAAGCCUCUCAUCAAGUAUGGCAAGAAAUGGACGGCUCACCGGGAGACUGGAGAAACUCCUGGGAGUGAGGGGAUGAUCACCAAGUGGCCAGAGGCCACAAAGACUGUGCUCGCCGGUCUGUCGGCAGAGGAGAAGGAAGAGGUGAGAGUGAUGGCAGAGAAGUGGAACAAUGAAGCUGCGCCGCCCGACAUCCAAGCCAAUGUCGCUGAAACCAAAGGCGCCGACAUGAUCGAGCAUUUUGCAACGGAGAUGUUCAAGCAGGCUGGAAUGAGGAUCUUCGUGAUGUCGGCAUGGCAGAACCGGGAAGGCAAACUAAUGUUAGGAGUACAUGACUUCAAUGAGCAGUUUGGUGGCGGCGAAAGCUUUUUGAAGACAAGGGACUGGGAAGGGAACUUCAUGCCAGACUGGCGGCAAUAUGCCGGCGAGCAAUUUGACGUCCAGGAUGAAGAUGUCCCCCAGGUGGUGACGACCAAGAAACGUGUGCCACGAAAACUCCUCGAACUGGAGGAGGACGAUGAUGGGUGGCCAAUGCUCCUUGACACCACAGGCUGGAAACGCGGCGAUCAACAGCAUAUCAUUUGGUCAUUCCUCACUAGGCACUACAGGAUGUGCAUGGGAAAAGACAAAGCAGCGGCGGCAGUGCCAUGGGGUGACUUGGUGAAGAGCCAAUCAGAUUUCUUUGAUGACACCUACUGGCCCGCCGACGUGCAGUUGGUGGAACCUUCAAAGAUGGACAAAGCAGACGCCACCGCUCUGUUGUAUUUCUGGCAUCACCGACAGGAAAAGAAGCUUCGCCCAACCUUCUGUUUCAAAGCUUGGAAAGACACCGACGGCGAGAUGGAGACACGCACAAAAUCUUUCCACAAGGCAGUGCUGGCGAGCUACUCGGCAUGGCCAGAGCACCGGAAGAAGUGGAAGAGGAGCAUCAGUCAUCUGCCGAAUGAAGAUCAGGAGGCUUCAAUGUCUGCCAAUGACAGGGAUGAAUCAUUCCUUCCAAAGGUAACUCAGAGAGGCCUGCCGCCGGUAUCCAGUGACGGCCCCGGCGAUGACUUGGCAUCUGAUAACCUUGCGCCUCAAAUCAAUGAUUCCACCGGCGGAUAUGCCAAGGCAACACCUCCAGUCAGGUCAAAGGUGACCAGCAAUAUCAAAGUUCCACUCAACACAGCGCAUGAACCGGCAAAAUCAGGUCCACACACCACAAGGCAAGGUCUUCGUUCCAAUGUGGAGAAUGAGCCGCCGGCCAAGGCAUCAAAACGCCGUGCCGCCGCUGAGAAUGAGCCACCAACCAAGGCAUCAAAACGCCGUACCGCUGCUCCUAUCAGUGACAUGCCGGCUAGGAGAACCAGGAGCAAGGCAGUGGUUGCUGAAGCUCCAAAGGCCAAAUGGAGUAGGAAGUGA